AUGUGCGAUGAUCCGAAUGGGACCCGUUGGUCGAGGUCCGCGAACAACAUCGGCAAGUCGAUGCUGAAGCGCUCGGGCUGGACGGAGGGCAGCGGACUGGGACGGAACCAGGAGGGCGUGACGAGCCACAUCAAGACGCGGCGGAAGGAUGGCGUGAUGGGGGUCGGCUACGAGGGCGGCGUGCAGGAGGCGUGGAGCACGCAGUCGGUGGGGUUUGCCGACGUGCUCUCGCGCAUCAAGAGCGCCGUCGCCUCGGGCUCCUCCGAUAGCGAGGAGGGGGAAACGGCGGCGGCGGGGACGAACGGCGCCUCGGGGCCGCGUGGCGGGCGUCACACCGGCAUGUACGCCAAGCGCCACGCGCUGAAGACGGAGCUGCUGCGGGCGAAGAACGGCGCCUCCGCGGCGGAGAUUCUCGGCAGCGCCAGCUCCGCCCGCAAGCGGGCGCGCGACGGCGGCGGGGAGGGGGGCGAGGACGCCGCCCUGCUCCUCCCCACGCUGCGCUCCCCGCUGCUGCAGCGCGUGAUGGUGCGCGCGCCGGGGCACGAGCCGCGGCCGGCGUCGACGGACGACGGGGAGGCGGAGGUCGAAACGGUGCGCGUCACAAAACCGCGGCCGCGACCGCCGCGGUGCACCGACACGCCGUUCCUCGCGCCAGGCGAGUAG